UCUAUGGAGAGCUUCCUUUAUGUGAUCUAUAAAGAGCUUCCUGUAUGUGAUCUAUAAAGAGCUUCCUUUAUGUGAUCAGUAUAACACUGAACAGAGGAGAUGGAAACAGGAGUAUUUAUUUUUAUCCUUUAUUUAACCAGGCAAGACAGUUAAGAACAUAUUCUUAUUUUCAAUGACAGCCUAGGAACAGUGGGUUAACUGCCUUGUUCAGGAUCAGAACGACACCUCUACACUCUAACCACUAGGCUACCUGCCACCUCUACACUCUAACCACUAGGCUACCUGCCUCCUCUACACUCUAACCACUAGGCUACCUGCCACCUCUACACUCUAACCACUAGGCUACCUGCCUCCUCUACACUCUAACCACUAGGCUACCUGCCUCCUCUACACUCUAACCACUAGGCUACCUGCCUCCUCUACACUCUAACCACUAGGCUACCUGCCUCCUCUACACUCUAACCACUAGGCUACCUGCCACCUCUACACUCUAACCACUAGGCUACCUGCCUCCUCUACACUCUAACCACUAGGCUACCUGCCUCCUCUACACUCUAACCACUAGGCUACCUGCCUCCUCUACACUCUAACCACUAGACUACCUGCCACCUCUACACUCUAACCACUAGGCUACCUGCCUCCUCUACACUCUAACCACUAGGCUACCUGCCUCCUCUACACUCUAACCACUAGGCUACCUGCCACCUCUACACUCUAACCACUAGACUACCUGCCUCCUCUACACUCUAACCACUAGGCCACCCUGCUACCCUGAGUGGAACGAGGAGAGAUGGUGUCUGUAGAGAGCUGUGGUUAAGAACAACCCAGAUGUCUACUGUCAGCUUGUCGAUCAAUAACAUCAGCCCGUUUAACAGCACAGUGUCACAGGGUUAUCUUCAGUAAAACGGGCUUCGACCCCCCCAGAGAGCGAAACAGGAGGCCAAGCUCAGUGUCACAGGGUUAUCUUCAGUAAAACGGGCUUCGACCCCCAGAGAGCGAAACAGGAGGCCAGACAGACAGACAGACAGACAGGCAGGCAGGCAGGCAGGCAGGCAGGCAGACAGACAGACAGACAGACAGACAGACAGACAGACAGACAGACAGACAGACAGACAGACAGACAGACAGACAGACAGGGACAGGACAGGACAGGACAGACAGACAGACAGGCACAGGCAGGCAGGCAGGCAGGCAGGCAGGCAGACAGACAGACAGACAGACAGACAGACAGACAGACAGACAGACAGACAGACAGACAGACAGACAGACAGACAGACAGACAGGACAGAGCUAUAGGUGGAAGGGCUUCUGUGGUUAAAGUGUGAGCUGGUCCGACGGCGACGGCUGUCUGUCUGAGAGGAAGUUGCAUUGUGGGUUGUAUGUCUGACUGAACACUGAAAGCACCACAGGUCUCUCUACGACCCAGAGACCGGAAGCUGCCAGUCAAGAGGAUGUUACAGUGCGACUGGACACAGGCUGUUCGCGGUUACCUUGACCAAUGUUUUAGGUUGUGGUUUAAUGUUCCUUUUCAAAUAAACCAAUGAAAUCCUAUUUUGGCUCUCUGGACAGCCGUGGGCGGGACAUCAUGCUGUUGAUCGAUGGGAUGCCUGCCGUCAGCGUCCAAUCAGAGUCUCUGGAGCCUCAGAGAACGUCUCUGUUGGUGUUGUCCCCUCCUGAGAUGGACAGGGUGGUUCUGAAGAGGAAGAUGUUCAGCCCAGUACCUCCAAGUCCUCCAGACACACAACCCUGUAACCCAAACUCUUUCCAGCCCCAGACAGAGCCUGUAGACCUGUCCACCAGCAGGUCCAGGACAUCUCCGACAUCCACAGGAUCCCUGUGCCCCCUACCGUCCACCUCCAUCACCAAGCCUUCCUCAUCAUCAUCCUCCUCCUCCGUCAUUACGUAUGUCCCAAAUACUCCUGCUAUAUCAGCGGCAGGUCCCGGCGUGAGAGUCCUUUGUGGUUAUGUCCGAGAGUACCUCCUCACACCCCUCUCCUCCAGCCCCGCCCCUCUUCAGGCCCACCGUACGCCCGUAGUGGUACGGCCCACACCCUUCUCCUCCAGCCCCGCCCCUCUUCAGGCCCACCGUACGCCCGUAGUGGUACGGCCCACACCCCUGCUCUACACCAACCCAGCACACAGCAGAACCCUGCUGGUACCCCGACGUCCACAUCACCAUCACCGUGGUGACGGCCAGGAUGAUGAGCUGCCGACAACGAGACUGGACAGUGUGACAGAGAUGGGACAGGUUGUAACCAGAGUGGGCCAUGACUCCAUGUUAGCCGGUGGUAUCCAGAGCAUGCGGGUAGGUCAUGUGACCAGGUCAGAGGUCAGGGGGCGUGUCCGUAGGUGUGUCCACAGGUGUGAGUUUUACGGCUGUAACAAGGAGUACACCAAGAGUUCCCACCUCAAGGCCCACAGACGCACACACACAGGUGAGAAGCCGUAUAAGUGCACGUGGGACGGGUGCACGUGGCAUUUUGCCCGUUCUGACGAGCUGACCCGCCAUUACAGGAAACACACGGGGGUGAAGCCCUUCAGGUGUGGCGACUGUCAACGCUCCUUUUCCCGCUCAGAUCACCUGGCCCUGCACAGACGCAGACACACACUGAUCUGAGGAGGGGGGACCUGGCCCUGCACAGACGCAGACACACACUGAUCUGAGGAGGGGGGACCUGGCCCUGCACAGACGCAGACACACACUGAUCUGAGGAGGGGGGACCUGGCCCUGCACAGACGCAGACACACACUG